CCUCCUGGAAAAGUAAACACGAGAAACAUUGACGUAAGAAGAACAAGCAGUAGCUAUCGUAACAUCAUAUUUCACAGUACAUUUCUUAUGUUAUGUCUAAAGAAAACAAUUUGCCCUUGAAUAUGCCUAGUAAAUGUUUAUUGAAGUGCAGGACUUUGAUGAAGGCUAGAUACGAGAUAAAUGCAUGUUAGCUCAUUGUGUGAUGAGUGACUUCAGACUAUCAAGUUAGCUUGCUAACUAGUCAGAAGUUCUUGGUUAGUUGUGACUUGCUGCUGUGACUUAAUGUCAUUUCAUUCAGCCAACACGUUACCAACGUAUUUAUCAGAUAAUUUGCUGGUAUUGACAUGGAGCCUCAGCAUAAAUAUAUUCUUCGUAAACACAGACUGGAUCUUUCCUCAAACAUCAGCACAGACGACACUAUCGUGCAGUACCUUUACCAGGAAGACAUCCUAACAUUGGAUCACGUGGAGGAGAUUCAGGCACAGAGCUCUAGCAAAAAGAGAACUUUAAUGUUGCUCGACAUCCUCCCAGGCCGAGGGCCGAAAGCCUUCGGGACAUUUCUGGAGGCUUUGGAGGUGGAAUACCCAUGGGUGCAGGAGAAGCUGUUGCAGAGACUGGACAACAACGCUGUCCAAAUCACAGGAACAGACCACUGGGCUGUUUCAGAGUCGGUUCUGCAGUCAGUUCCGUCCGAGCGUCAGCUGAACCGGCUGGCGGGUCGCCUGGGUCCGGAGUGGGAGUCCGUUCUGCUGGACCUCGGCCUUUCUGCCGAGGAUGUGUACCGUUGCCGUGCCAACCACCCUCUGGCCGUGCAGAGCCAGGUUCUGGCAGGCCUGGUUCUGUGGAAGCAGCGGAUCGGCCGGAGGGCCACGGUCCAAGCGCUUGUCCAGAGCCUGCAGGCCGCGGAACUGCACCCCUCAGUACUGGACCAGGUGUUUCUGUGACCCAGGGCCGCAUACUCCGCCCUGUCACCUGAAAAGCACUGCAGCACUGCCUACAGGACCAAAUUCAACUGCAAAGCACUGCAGCACUGGUAGCCUACAGGACCAAAUUCACCUGCAAAGCACUGCAGCACUGGUAGCCUACAGGACCAAAUUCACCUGCAAAGCACUGCAGCACUGGUAGCCUACAGGACCAAAUUCACCUGCAAAGCACUGCAGCACUGGUAGCCUACAGGACCAAAUUCACCUGCAAAGCACUGCAGCACUGUCCGUCACACUCAUAGCAUUCACAUGCCACUAUAUGUUGCCGUCAACCACUCACUCUUAAAGCACUGGACACCAUUACAGCUCCCAACGCAGUAAGGUUACCGCGCUCCGCACUCACGUCAGAGUUUGCGCCUGCCACACUUGAACCAACAGGAAACGGCUACAGGACUAGCAGCAUAUUCAAUUGACAUUCAUAACAGACACCUACAAAAGGAUUGUCCAUGAACUUGAAAAGCUACUGACUUAUUGGUCAUCUCUUAAAAUUCUUUUGCAAAGUAAUAAAAUGGAGAAAAUUAGGUUUACACAGCAUGAGAAUAGCAUCCCAAUGAUUCUUUUCCCCCUCACUAUUGUUUGUGAAUGCAAAGGUGCUUUGUGUCCUAUCUGGGUUCCUGUAGCCCAGCUGGGUAAGCAUGCGUGUGACGUGGUCUGUGUGUGUGAGAGAGUGAAUACGCUUGUUUUUGCUCUUGUUAUAGUGUUUGUUUACACAUUCGACCAAUGUGUCCUGUUUGCCCUCAGGUGAACCCAUUCACCGGCCUCUGAUAUCCUCACCUCUCUUCACCCCAACACAACCACACUCUCACUUACACACACACACUCACACACAGACCACCCCCACUCGCCCCUGACCUGCACUUUCAAAAACACACUCAUACAUGCUUCUGACCUGGACUUUACCCAGCAAACUCACCCACUGACACAGCCGAUGGUACAGGGCCCAGUCAGGCGCCGUGGUGUUCGUGGCGGGUUAGGGGUGGGAGGGACUCCCCUGUCCUCCCUGUUUAAUGAUUGACAGGAAGCCACUUGUUUGUCUGUUUUUUGUUUUUCUGUUUUCUAUCUCAGGAUUACAAUUGAAGUGUCCGCGUUUUCUAAUCUAAAUUGAAUUUACAGGUUGUCUAUACGAAUCAGCACCAUCAUCACCUUAGUAUUUGACUUGUUUUAGGUGUCUUUUAGACAGAAACUAAUUGAUAGUUUUCAAAUGAACUAAUCAAAAACAAAUCAAAAUGUGCAUAGGGGCCAUUACUAUGUUGUUGUGUAUUAUCGCAGAGAGUAAAGUUGCACCUCUGGUUAGAUGCUAACUGCAUUUCAUUGGCUCUGUACUUGUACUCAAUGACAAUAAAGUUGAAUGUAAUAUAAUUUGAUCUAAUCUAGAGGUUUAAGACUUUCAGAUUGGAGGUGCAUGUGCAUUAAUGAACUUUAAUGAAAGGAAACCUUUACGAAACACUGAUGAACGCUGAAAAAUAGUCCUCUUUUAUAAAAUAAAACAUGUAAAAUGAAAAAAAGACAUGUGUAUCUGUGUUUUUAGGCCUUUGUGCACUGAUCAGGGAUUUUGCAUUUAUCAUUUGCAGUUAUCAUGUGAAGCUUUAUGAGAUUUUCUGUCUCUAAAGGUGUUUAGUCCCCAACGUGUUUAUCUUGUCAUGUUUUUUUGGUAUUCUAAUUUAACAGACCAUUAAAUGGAUGAUGG